CAAUGAUAAUAGUAGAACAAGCAAGAACAUGACUAAGGUCGAUAGCUCCUCGGCAUUAUUUCUGUGUGUCGCGGUAUGAUCACUCUAAGAAGAUCCGAUUAAAACCAAACGGAAGAUCCCACAUCUCCAGCAUACCUUUCUGACUUUCUCUUAUUUUGGAAACGAAAAUGAUGGGGGAUGAAGGCUUGUGCUACACGGUCGACGAUGCUCUCUUGGCUUUGGGUUUUGGGAAUUUCCAAAUUCUUGUGCUUGCUUAUGCUGGUAUUGGCUGGGUUUCAGAAGCAAUGGAAAUGAUGCUACUCUCUUUUGUAGGACCAGCAGUACAAUCUGCAUGGAAUCUUUCCCCUCACCAAGAGAGUUUCAUAACCAGUGCUGUUUUUGCUGGCAUGCUAAUAGGGGCAUACUCAUGGGGCAUUGUUUCAGAUAAACAUGGAAGGAGGAAAGGAUUCCUUAUCACUGCAACAGUUACUGCAGCUGCUGGUUUUUUGAGUGCAUUUGCUCCUAACUACCUAUUGUUGAUUUCCCUUCGUUGUCUAGUGGGUAUUGGCUUGGGAGGGGGCCCUGUAUUAUCAUCAUGGUUUCUAGAGUUUGUUCCAGCCCCCAAUAGAGGUACCUGGAUGGUUGUCUUUUCGGCAUUUUGGACUCUUGGUACAAUUUUUGAGGCUUCACUUGCCUGGAUUGUGAUGCCGAAACUGGGUUGGAGAUGGCUACUUGCACUAUCUUCCCUACCCUCAUCAUUCCUUCUUUUGUUCUACAAGGUGACACCUGAGUCACCUAGAUACCUAUGCUUGAAAGGUAGAACAACUGAUGCAGUUAAUGUUUUGGAGAAAAUAGCAAGAUUAAAUGGUAGGGAACUGCCUUCUGGGAUCCUUGUUUCUGACAAUCAAAUUGAGCUGUAUGACACUGGUAACCAAUUGGCAAGGUCAACCCUUCUAUUAUGGGCAGUGUUCUUUGGUAAUGCUUUUUCGUAUUAUGGCCUUGUUUUGUUGACCUCUGAGUUGAACAGUGGGCGCAGUAAAUGUGUGCCACAUAAUUUGGACGGAGGGAAGUCUCCGGAUGUUAGCUACAAAGACGUUUUUAUUGCUAGUUUUGCAGAGCUACCUGGGCUCCUGUUGUCAGCUGCUGCAGUAGAUAAACUUGGUCGGAAGCUCUCAAUGUCAACUAUGUUCUUCCUGUGUUGCAUUUUCCUUCUCCCAUUAAUGUUCCAUCAGCCUGAAGGCCUAACAACAAGCCUUUUAUUUGGUGCUCGCAUAUGCAUCACAGUGACGUUCACGGUUGUGUAUAUAUAUGCACCAGAGAUAUACCCAACUUCCGUUAGAACAACAGGAGUUGGAAUGGCAAGCUCAGUGGGCAGAAUUGGUGGAAUGAUAUGCCCUUUGGUGGCGGUGGGUUUAGUGCAUGGUUGUCAUCAAGUUCUUGCUGUCCUCCUGUUUGAGAUUGUAGCUCUUCUUUCUGGAGUUUGUGUUAUGUUCUUUCCUGUUGAGACUAUGGGCCAAGAUCUGCGUGACAGUUUGUCAAGUCUAAAUAAUAUCAACAGCACAUAACAGUAACACGUUGAGGUGUAUACACCACUUAUAAAACAUGAAAAUAUAUAGCUAAAUUUGUUCCCUGCCCUAAUAUUCAAAUUACUAGAGGGAGGGAGGUGAUGAAUAUGCCAAGAGUUAUCGAUCUAAACAAGGGUGUAUUUUGUGAAACAAGGGUCAAUUGCUGUUAGAGCGAUAGAAGCACUCUGCUAAUAGUCCACAUGAGUAAUUUGUAUUAGUACCCUACAUCGUUCAAUGUAAAUGGAUUGUUAUCAA